AUUCCUUGCUGAGUAAAAUUUCACCAAAGCAAAAUAAAGUUUCGCCAAAUUCCCUCAUUCAUAAUUUCCUCGGAGAUCCUGUCUUACAGUCAUCAGCAUCACCGAAAGAUCACCAAACGAACCAGCUGAAGAACAAAUUUCCCCAAACCCUAAAAAAACUAUGGCUUCAACCUCUAAUCGCCAUGUCGAGGGUACUGCUGGUAGGAUCAAAACAGCCUCUAGCAAUAUUUUCAAUGAUAAUCAGGCUCUCGUCGGUGAAAUUAGGAAAGUUUCGACGAUGGUUAAAGGAGUAGCCGUCGAUUUGGAGAAAGAGAAUCGAUCUCAAAUGGUGAAAGAGCUUGAAGAUGCUGUCAUCGAGUUACUGAAAACAUCGAAUGAUUGCGCACAUUUCUCAUCUGCAGUCCAAACUGUUGGGAAUUCUUACCAACCUGGAGAAGGGUUAACGGAUUUUAAGAAAUUGUUUGACGAGGAAGAAACGAAAACGAAGGCUGCUAACCCAUUGAAUCUUCAGAACAAUUCAUCUCUACGUCAGUUCAGAGAAGCUAUUUGGAAUGUUCACCAUGCAGGUCAGUCAAUGCCUGGUGACGAGCAGGAGGACAUCGUCAUGACAAGCACUCAGACCAGCAUUUUAAAUAUCACAUGCCCAGUAAGUGGAAAGCCUAUUACUGAACUACAAGACCCUGUUCGGAGUAUGGAUUGCAAACAUAUUUAUGAAAUGAAGUUCGUAUUGCACUAUAUUAAGAAAGAAAGGCCACCUUGCAAGUGCCCUGUAGCAGGUUGCCCCAAGAUAUUGCAGGCUGAAAGAGUUGUCUGUGACCCAUUAUUGCUCCUGGAUAUUGAUGAAUAUCGCUCAACCAAUAUCCAAACUGCACGGCCAACUAUGGUUGAAGAUUUCACAGAGCUUGAGGAAGAUGAAUGAGUCCUACUUUUUCAGGAUGAAUGCUAUAGUAAUCUGUGUAUCAUAAACUCUCCCCCCCCAAAAGAACGCAACACCGAUCAGAAUCUACAAGUAGAUCAUUUGUGAUUGUCACUCCUUUUCUUUUUUGGUAUGUUACUAUCAAAAUCCUGUAAUUGAACAGUUUAUUGUUUCUGUUCCAUGUUUCCUGCAUGGAACUAGAAGCAUUGGUACCAUGAGUGAUCACUUCAGUGUUUAAUGGAACUGAACAACUAAA